AUGACCGAUAGCGAAAGAAACAAUAUUGUGAUCGACGUGCCCCCAUUAUUGCCCCAUGCGAGGGGGGUGAAGCUUUGCAAGGAAGGCUGCCCCGGGUGCAAGCUGGAUGAGAUCAACAAGAUCAAGACCGGAAUACCUUACUUCAACUUCUUCUACAUUUGGGUUGUCUCCCUCUGCUCCGCGCUACCGAUUUUGUCGUUGUUUCCCUAUAUAUACUUCAUGAUCAGAGACUUGGGAGUCGCAAAGCACGAACAAGACAUUGGGAUUGGGUUCUAUGCAGGUUUUGUUGGUGGUACUUAUUACCUUGCAAGAACCUUUAGUUCUGUGCCAUGGGGCAUGUUUGCUGACAAAUAUGGAAGGAAGCCUUGCAUUCUGAUCAGUAUUCUCUCUGUGAUCAUAUUUAAUACACUCUUUGGCCUUAGCACGACUUACUGGAUGGCAAUUGUAACGAGGGGGCUACUUGGGUUACUUUGUGGUAUGUUAGGGCCAAUCAAGGCCUACGCUUCAGAAGUCUGCAGGAAAGAACACCAAGCUCUAGGAAUUUCUCUUGUUACAUCUUCACGAGCAAUGGCUUUUGUUAUUGGACCGGCUAUUGGAGGAUUUCUUUCACAACCUGCAAAGAAGUACCCCAGUAUUUUCACAGAGGAAUCUAUAUUUGGAAAGUUUCCAUAUUUUCUCCCUUGCUUCGCCAUAUCAGUCCUAGCGGCAGGAGCAUGUAUUGCAUGCAUUUGGCUUCCGGAAACUUUGCAUAUGCAUCAUGAUGACAAUGUAGAAGAUAUUGAUACAAUGGAGGCACAAGUUACUAAUUCAAGCGUAUUGGAAUAUGGGAAAUAUGAACAAUGUAAAUCAAUAAGAACGAUAUCUACAAAGAGUCUGCUCAAGAACUGGCAGUUGAUGUCAGCAAUAAUCCUCUACAGUGUGUUUGCUCUCUAUGAUGUUGCUUAUAGUGAGAUAUUUUCGCUCUGGGCUGUGAGCAACAGAAAGUACCGUGGAUUGAGUUUUACAUCUCAGGAUGUUGGGAUUGUCCUAGCUAUAUCGGGCUUUGGUAUUUUUGUGAAUCAAGUUUUCUUUUAUCCAUUCAUCGCAAAGUAUGUUGGGUUAAUGAAGCAAUUACGCUAUGCAACGGUAUUAUCUAUAGUCCUUCUCACAACUUAUCCAUUCAUGGCUAAUUUGUAUGGUAUGGAGCUCAAAGUAGUCAUCAACAUAGCUUCGCUUCUAAAAAAUAUAUUUUCGACUGCAAUUACAGUUGUUUGCAACAUUCUCCAGAACAACGCAGUGACACAGGAACAAAGAGGUCUAGCAAAUGGUAUCGCUGUGACACUUAUGUCACUCUUUAGAGCAAUAGGUCCAGCAGCAGCAGGGACAUUAUUUUCUUGGGCCCAAAAGAACAUAACAGGGUUAUUCUUAUCUGGUGAUACAAUCCUUUUCUUGUUGCUAAAUGUGGUGCCACUAAUCGGGCUCUUGUUGACGUUCAAGUCAUUUUUCUCUCGGUCAAGUCCAGUGAAAUGA